AGGCGUUCCCUACAGAUCAUUUCCACACACAGGGCUUCAGACACUGCAGGAAAUCAGCACUUAUCCACAACGAUGCCACCCUACACCAUCACCUACUUUGCUGUGAGAGGACGAUGCGGUGCUACGCGGAUCAUGCUGUCUGACCAGGGUCAGGAGUGGAACGAAGUUGUGAUUAACUUUGAGGACUGGAUGAAGGGAGACCUGAAGAAAACCUGCGCUUUUGGACAGUUGCCCAAGUUCCAGGAUGGUGACUUGGUUUUGUUUCAGUCAAAUGCCAUAUUGAGGCAUUUGGGCCGCAAACAUGGUGCAUACGGGAAGAAUGACCAAGAAGCCUCCCUGAUUGACAUGUUUAACGAUGGAGUUGAAGAUCUUCGUCUUAAAUACGUGAAAAUGAUCUACCAGGAAUAUGAUACUGGCAAAGAGGCAUACAUCAAGGACCUGCCAAACCACCUCUGUAAGUUUGAGGCUGUUUUGGCGAAGAACAAAAGUGGUUUCCUCGUUGGCGAUUCAAUCUCUUUUGCAGACUACAGUCUAUUUGAGGUGUUGCUGAACCACCAGGUGCUCUGCCCCACCUGUCUGGACUCCUUCCCUGCCCUGAAAAGCUUUGUGCAGAAGAUGACCAGCCGCCCCAAAAUCCAGGUUUUCCUCAAUUCUGAUGCCUACAAGAACCUGCCGAUCAAUGGCAAUGGCAAGCAGUGAUGCAGCUGAGUGUUGCUGUUCAAUGUAGAUGGAGCCACUCAAACAUUUGAAACCUGACUGACUUUAGAUGUUUAGUACAGAUUCCAUUUAUUUCAUAUGGCUACAUUGGGUAAAAAGUGUAUCAUUUAUUGAAAAUAAAAAAAGUAAAGAUGUAA